AUGGAGAAGGAAGGAGGGCUACCUAAAGCCAGAGUUGUUAAUCAGCCCUCGCCUUCGGAGGAGGAGAUGGUAGAAGCUUCGCGUAGAAGCACCCUGGCCGUUGCGGAUCCUAAGGAAAAUGUUCAAACAGAAUCCUAUGAGGGACCCAUCAAGGUCGCUUUGGAGGAGGUGGAACUGAAGAAGCAGCCUAAGACGACUGAAGGGAAGAAUAAAAGAAAAAGCAAAGGCAAGCGGGCAAAAGGAGAUGAAGAGGCCAGGCCAAAGAAGGAGAAGAAAGAAAAGAAGUCGAGUGAGAAGAAGGAGCGCAGGCGAGAAGAGAAGCACCUGAAGAAGGAAGAAAAGAGGAAGAGGGAAGAAAGCCUGAAUGUCGACGGAGAAUCCACCACUGCAAGGGUGGAAGAGGGGGUGUCAACACAAGAAAAAGAAUCAGCGUAA